CAUACCGUUCCCAAAUCUAAAUUGAGAGCGUAUAGUAUGGAGAGUAUGGAGAGUGUAUUCUGUGUCAUAUUUGUGUAUAGCUGCUUUUUUGAUGCUUGCGGCAUUGACGUUUUAAAGUUUUUCUUCCAUUAAAUAGUAACUCUGUUUUACUUGGUGCGUCUGUAAUUUUCUAUAUAACUAAAAAUCGAUAUAAUGUAUUUUUAAACAAUAGUUUAGAUCUACAUUAAAAACAAGUCAAAUUUAUAUUCAACAAAAUAUUGAAAAGGCAUUUAGAAAAUAAUAGUCGCCAACUAUAUAAAGUAAACGCUAUGUCUGAAUUGCUAGGUUUAGAUGAAAACGAAGCUGAUAUUGCAGAAGAAUUGCAAGAUUUCGACUUCGACACACGAAGCGAAGCUUCUUCUGGAUCAGAUAGUGAUGACUCGCAACCAAGUAGUGUAAGUUCCGCUGGUUCGUCUGCUGAAAAAAGGAAAAAGAAAAGCAAUGAAAAAGUUACCAAAAAUAAAGAAAAUCGUUUGAAGCGUUCAGCAUCGCCUGUUAGUGAAUUAAAUGGGAAAAACAUUGCUUCAAAGAAAAAUGUGAGCGAUACUAUAUCACAAGAAAACAAACUUGGAGUCAAAGAUAAUAAAUCAAAUGUUGAAUGUGAGAAAAAAGGACGAAAAAGAUCUGUUUCUACUUUGAAUGCAAAUACUUCUUCAGCUGAGCAAACAAAUACUGUUUCCAAGAGUGAUGGCAGUGACAAUGAGGAUAAGUUAACUAAAAAGCCUGCAUUUGAUAGCGAUUCAGAAACUGAGGAUUCAGACUCAGGUGCAAAUAUCAAACGAAAUGGUCGUAAAACAACAGUUAAGAGUUCAUCACCAGAUCAAAAAAUUAAUAUCAGCAGUACCAACAGCAAUAAAAAUAGUGCAAAUAAGUCGUAUGAUUACAUGACCAAGCUAAACUACUUAUUUAGGGAUACUCGAUUCUUUUUAAUUAAAUCAAAUAAUGCUGAUAAUAUUGCUUUAUCUAAAAACAAAAAUGUGUGGGCAACUCUUCCACAAAAUGAUGCUAAUCUUAACUCGGCAUUUAAAGAAGCCAGAAAUGUUCUUUUAAUAUUCUCAGUAAAUGAAAGUGGUAAAUUCGCUGGAUUUGCACGAAUGAGUGCACAGUCACGGCGGGAUAUACCACAAGUCUCAUGGAUUCUUCCAUCCAGUAUUUCAGCUAAAGCACUUGGUGGUGUUAUAGAAAUUGAUUGGAUUUGCAGGAAAGAGCUUUCUUUUAAUUGUACAUCCCAUUUGUUUAAUUCAUGGAAUGAAGGAAAACCUGUAAAAAUUGGGCGUGAUGGUCAGGAAAUUGAACCAAAAGUAGGAGCAGAACUUUGUCGCUUAUUUCCAGAAGAUGAAAAAAUUGAACUUACACCAAUACUACGUAAAUCGAAAGAAACCGCGAAAAUUAUGCGUGAGAAAGGAAUACGGGUAGUGUAUAAGCCUCCGCGCACUCUCUCAUUUCGUGGCGGUCGUGGAAGUAUAAAUAAUUUUCGAAAUACGGAUCGAAGAAAUUUUGAAGGCAAUGGUGGUCCAAUGAGAAUAAAACGAUCAUACAGUAGUGGGUUACGUCGCCCAUAUCGUCCAUUAGGUGCUCCGCCUGGUUUCAAAAGACCUUCGUCCCCAUUUCGUGGUAUGUCUGGACCAAGUGGAUCGCGGGUGGGUGGUGGUGAUGUUGGACUUCCGCCUUGGGAACGGUAUAUGAAUUCAGCUGCAGCUGAAGCCUAUGUAACUGAUUAUAUGCGGACAAUGCAUCAAUUGCCACCGUUACCAUUUGUACCACCAUUUGGACAAUUGCCGCUAUCAGCUUCCAGUUCGGGAGGCUCCAUUCCAGCUGCUGGUUCUGCUCUCUAUGAACAAUUACCUCAACCUGUACGAUAUUAUGAUGGACCUCCACCACUACCUGACUACCCACCACCACAACCUAUGAGACCACCUCCUCCAGGUUUUGAUAAGGCUCCUUCUUAUGAGGAUUUCGCUGUUUGGAAAAAUGCAGGCCUUCCCACAGUAUCUGGUUCCUUGCCACCUGGCUUUCCAAAUUUGUCUGCUACAAAUAAUAAUUCCAGUGCAUCUGUAACAACGGGCGGAAAUAGUUCUUUUUCGAGUGGCAUUAUGACUGCUGCAAGUGGAUCUGGUAGUACGGGUUCUUAUCGUAAUCGUGAUAUUAAUCGUUCCCGGGAGCGUGGGGGCGGAUCUCGCAAUGAAAGAGAACGUCAUUUUCGUCCAAGCGUAAACGAAAGAGGAGGUCAUCGAAACUACAGAGACUCAAGGCGAUAAUCAACGCUAACGUUUAACUAUACUUUCAAUGCCUGAUUAAUGUGUCAAAUGUGAUUAAUAGUGUUCCGUCAAUUAAAAAGAAAAGAAAUAUAUUUUAAAUAUUAAGACGUAAAAUGUGUCAAGUCGUAAAAUGCGUGGCUUUAAAAUAAAAAGCAAAUUUACGAAUCCAAACAUAAUUAACAACAAAAGAAGUGCAACUCAAUAAUUAUUGAAAUCCAACAUACAUAGAAGUGUCCAUCAGUAUGUAUCAUAUAUAACCCAAAAUGUCAAUGAAGAGCUCUGUAGAUCACGACACAAACUCUUAAAUAAAUAUACAUGUACGUAUGUGUUUAUGAACAAUAAACUACAUAUUAUUACCAGAUGCAAUUGUGUAUAUAACACUAAUCAGGUUUAAGUGAAAUCUUUUAUUUUAUUAACUAAAUUUGUAUUCAUUUUUGAUGAGAAAGAUAACAACAUAAUUUGAAGAAAAUGCU